AUGACCUUGAGUGGUUAUGGUAGUCUGGUCCUCCAGGAUACAACAUUAAACUUGCCUCGGAUAUGUGGAGCUUUGGAGAACAAGACUGGAAAACGGAAACCUGGCUUAUCUUUUGGAACUUGGAACAUUCGCACACUUUUCAAACCGGGAGCAGCACAAUGCUUAGUCAAAGAAAUCAGGAGAUAUAAUUUAGGAGUGGUAGCCUUGCAGGAGAUUAGGUGGAAUGGCAAAGGUACCUUGGAUCUUCAAGACACGACUAUAUUCUACGGGGAAUGUAAUGAUCGAAGACAAUUUGGAACGGGUUUUGCUGUACACAAAAGUAUAGUUCCUUUGGUAACAGAAUUUAAAAGUACUAACCCUAGGAUAUCAAUAUUGACGAUUAAAGGGAAAUUUUUUGAUAUCACUUUCCUGAAUGGAUACGCACCUACGGAGGAAAAAACACCAGAGGAAAAGGAUGAAUUUUAUGAGAAUCUGGAACAAACCCUAAAUGAAAUCCCCCGAAAUAGAAUAAGGAUAGUCUUAGGCGAUUUUAAUGCCAAAUUGGGAAAGGAAAACAUAUUCAGAUCAACCAUUGGUAAUCAUAGCAUGCAUGACAUAACUAGUGAAAACGGACUUAGACUUAUUGACUUUGCGAGUGGUGGAGGACUUGUUGUGAAAAGCACAAUGUUCCCACGCAAAGAUAUCUACAAGGGGACUUGGAAAGCGCCUAAUGGUAGAUACACUAAUCAAAUAGACCAUGUUAUGAUUAACACAAGGUUUAAAAACUGUAUACAGGAGGUGAAAACAGUCAGAGGAGCCGACUGUGAUUUGGACCACUACCUGGUAAAAGGAAAACUAGAUGUGAAACUAAAACAUUGGGAGUUAGGAAAGGUACAAUGGUGGACAGAUAUGAAGUAA